AAAUGUGCGCGAAGCGCCGUACCAGUUUCCUUAUACGCUCGAAUUGUUCGUAUGGUGGCGCUCGUCGUUGCUUUCGCAACGAAGCGAUUUCGGAAAAAUAAAUCCAAAGGCCCUUAAAGUAUUCCUUCCAAGCGGGCAGCAGCCACAAGAAAAUAAUGGCGCGUGGACAACAAAAAUUACAAUCACAAGCUAAGGCAGCUGAGAAGUCUGCCAAGAUGAAGAAGCAGCAGGGGCACAGUGCAACUGACCAAAAGAAAGCUGCACAGAAAGCUCUUGUUCAUGUUUGUGCAGUGUGUAAGGCCCAAAUGCCUGAUCCAAAGACCUACAAACAACACUUUGAGAACAAGCAUCCCAAGAAUGACAUGCCUGAGGAGCUGAAGGAUGUAUAGCAGGCACUCCGGGCGCAUCGCCCAGCUGCAUAUUCACACAACCCAACACCAACAAGUACAUUUCCAUUCGUUAGCAACCGGCCCACAACACUGCAAUGUCGAAAGUCAUUCUCGUCGCACAUUUUGCUUGCAUCGAUUUUUUAUACGUGACCUACGCGCGACUUAAUUAAAUAAUUUAUUAUCAUGUGCGAUUCCCAGGCGUGGAAAAUAAGUUGAAAUCUUUUUUUGUAUCGAUUAAAAAUUACAAUUUUGUGGUGAGAA